AUGGCUGCUGAUGAAGCGGAAAUGGUUUUAGAUGGAUCUGUGGAUUUGAGGGGAAAACCAGUUGUACGUGAAAGGACAGGGGGCUGGAGGGCUUGUUCUCUAAUCAUUGGCUACGAAUUUGUUGAACGAUUGGCAUUUGCGGGCGUAUGGGCAAACUUAGUGGUGUAUCUGACCACCAAGCUGCAUGAAGGCACUGUUUCCUCCGCUAGGAAUUCCAGUAAUUGGAAUGGCACUCUCUGGAUUACUCCUUUAAUUGGGGCAUACAUUGCCGAUACAUACUUGGGCCGCUUUUGGACAUUCAUAGUAUUUUCUUGUGUAUAUAUUCUGGGAAUGGGGAUUUUGACUCUGGCACAAACAUUGAAGUCUCUCAGACCGCCAGAAUGCACACCCAAUGAAAUCUGUCAUAAGGCAUCGUCUCUGCAGAUUGGGAUUUUUUACUUUGCUUUGUAUAUUCUUGCUGUGGCUUCUGGAGGGACCAAACCAUGCAUCUCCACUAUUGGUGCGGAUCAGUUUGAUGAAUUUCAUCCCAAGGAAAAGCUGCGGAAGAGCAGCUUUUUCAAUUGGUGGAUUUUUGUUGUCUUCGGUGGAAGUGUCGUUGGUCAGACACUGAUUGUGUAUAUCCAAGAUAACAUUAGUUGGGGAUUGGCCAGUGGAAUCAUAACGGGAGCCCUAAUAAUAUCCUAUAUUUUGUUCAUGAUAGGAAUUCCACUAUAUAGACAUAAAGUUCGGGCGGGUAGCCCACUGAAGCGAAUGGCUAAAGUCAUUUCUAGGGUUAUUCAGAACUGGAAAGUGCAGGUUCCUACAGAUGCAUCCUGUCUUUAUGAAGUAGAUAGAAAGGAAUACCUUUCUCAGGGUCGAUACCCAAUUGGUCAUACAAAACUAAUGAGAUUUAUGGACAAAGCAGCCAUGCAAACUACCUCUGGCUCUAAUCCCUGCACUGUGACAGACGUGGAGGAGACAAAGCUCGUGAUAAGAAUCCUUCCAAUUUGGCUGACUCUCAUUUUCCCGAGUACUUUAUUAACUCAAUCUGCAACACUUUUCAUAAAGCAGGGCAUGACUCUGAAUAGGCAUAUGGGUCCUAACUUCCAAAUUCCUCCAGCUAGUAUCGGAGUUUUUCUUCAAAUAUCAAUGCUCUCCUCCCUUGUACUUUAUGAUCGCAUCUUAGUCCCAGUAUGCCGAAGAUUCACUGGAAAUCCACGAGGCAUAACAAUACUACAGAGGAUGGGAGUUGGUCUAGUUCUCUAUACUUUUUCUAUGGUAGCAGCCGUAAUAACAGAAAUGAAAAGGUUAGAUGUCGUUAAAAGCCAUGGUCUUGCAGAUGAUGCAAAUGCAAUUGUGCCACGGAGCAUCUUCAUACUGCUUCCAGAGUUUAGUGUAAUGGGUAUCGCAGAAGCCUUUUUAGAAGUAGGAAAAUUGGAGUUCUUUUAUGAUCAAGCACCUGAGAGUAUGCAAAGUUUGGGAACUUCACUGUAUGCAGCCUCGCUGGGAGUUGGAGCCUUUCUCAACAGUGUUAUACUCACCGCUGUAAAUAACAUUACAGGGGGAGGGGGUCAUCAAAGCUGGAUAUUAGAUAAUGUGAAUGCCUCACGCUUCCAUUACUAUUUCGCUUUGUUAGCAAUUCUCAAUACCCUCAACUACAUUUUCUUUUUGACCUUGUCCUGUUUCUACACAUACAAGAGAGAAACAAGCCAAGUGUUCGGUGAAGAGUACACCAAGUCAACAGAUAUAGCCCCCUCUAACAAUCACAAUGGUGAUGGGAUUCACGAAGGCAUUCAGUGA